UGUGUACGAGUUCAAAUGUGUUAUUGUGGUAGCAUGAUUUUGUAGUCUUUAUUUGUUAAUUUCUUGUUGCAAAAGUAUGGCUUCACUAAAAAUUCGAAAUUUUCGUAUGAUGUUAUUAGAUUUGAUUUAUGAAUCGCCUCAAGUAUUUAAGUACUUUAGUUUUAUGCUAUAUUGCCAGCUGUAUAAACUCAUUAAUACAUGUUUUUUAACUGAGGUCAUCCAUUCUUUGUGCUAUACUGUCAUGUCAUAUAUCAUUAGCGACAAGCAAAAAAUAGAAUGGAAAACUCACUGGCAAAGUCCAGUUUGUCGCGCGAUUUUAAGACGGAGAUUCUUCAUGACCAAGUCAAAAUCGGCUUUGACUUCUACGAUACGUAAUUCGGUCAUAGCAUUUUUAUUGUUUAUCGAAGUAAAGAAUAAUUACAUUUCUGAAUUCUUUGGAGACUAUUCCUUUUUCAUGUGGUGUUUUGAAUUCGCUUUAGGUAUAAUUCUAGCUCUCAAUGCAUUUACAGCUGUUAUUCUCUAUGCUUGGUCUGUGCUAUCAAAGCCGAUGCCAAUAUCACCUGUUCAACAAAGGUUGUUUGGAAUAAGCGAAAAUGAUCCUGGAUUUGAAGUAAAAAAAUUGGAUGAUAGUAUCGUAGAAACUACACCUCAGAAGCGUUUGCAGUUUACAUCAUGGAGGGAUUCUUUAAAUUGUAGCUCCCCUUCCUUUUUAUCUGUGACACCUUUGAAUUAUUCUGCAGGUAGCUGGGCAAGUAGUUUAUCACCAAAUUCCCCUGGAAUGGAUACAACCAGUUCUUCCUGGAGUUUCUACAGGCCAUCUUCUCCUCUGCAUUAUGUUUCUACUCCAAAGUCUGCAAAUACUGAUAAGUUCUCUUUGAGAAAAAUAAAUCAUUCAGAGUACAUUGAAUCUCCAUACGAACGCCCAAUAAAGAAUAAGAAGCAGUUGGAAGAAUUUUUAAAACAGCGAGAAGAGGAAGAUAAAAAGAUGAAAUCAAUGACUUUUGAAGACUCAAAAGCCUUCAUAUCUAAUGUAUCAUCAGUUGAUAAUAGUCCAAUGUCUAUUUUGAGUAAAUGUCGUUAUCAAAGAGCAUAUCGACUUCCACACAUGGAAACUACAGAAGACGAUUCAUCGGAAAUCCGUUGUGGGGAUAAUUUCCUGCAUAAGCUCAAAAUUACUGAUAAAAUGUUGACUACCUGGUGUGAACGUGUACGAAAAUGGAUAUGCCAAACAAUUCUUGUAAAAUUAGUGAAAGAAAUUGAUGAUAUAAAUAAUACUAUGAGUCAAAUAGGUUUGCCUGAAUUUCAAAUUGGUUCUGUUAGUUUAUUUGCUUUACACCAGAUUGCUGUGACCAAAUCUCAACACCUACCAACUCUUUCAGUUGUUCUACCUUAUGUGGAUAUGCAUUUAAAUCAAGAAUAUUUAAUUCGACGUCUGAAAGAUCUUGCACAUGGAGGUUGCAUGGGAGACUUUAAGUGGAAUUCUGGAGGAACUUAUGAUGAUAAGCAAUGGUGUGAUGACUUACCAACAGACUCUGCAAUCAUAAUACAUAUCUUUUGUUGUUAUUUAGAUGCGCAUUUACCACCAGAGCCACAUUUUCCUGAAGGCAAGCCAUUUUCUUCCAAGUACUUUAAGAAAAUACCAGAAAAGCCAGUUUUAUCAAAAGACUCAUGUUAUAUUUAUCAGUCUAGUGUGAACCCACCUCAAUUCAAAGUAGUUUUAGGUGAAGACAUCUGCAAUUUGCAAAAAGGCCGAAACAAUUUAUUUUGUGCUAUAGUAAUAUUUUUACAUCAUUUGAAAACUAAAGAAUGUGGGAUGUUGGGAAGAGUUAAUUUGGGUAAAUCUGGCCUAAAUAUUUUAUGGGUGAUUGAUUAACACUAUUUUCUUGUUGUACAAGAAAUAAUAAACUAUUUAACUUUUACAUUUCAGUACUUAAUCAAUGAAUGUGUUAAUCAUAACUGUUGAGAAAACAAAUGAUUAAUGUUUGCCAGAAAGGUAGUUUUAAUAUUCAGUGAUUGUUUGUUGAAAUAUGUGUUAGUGGUUUCAUUUUUGUUAUUCAUUGCAUCAUUUUUAGUAAACGAAAGGGAAAAAAAAAAAUUUUGGUACCCUUCUGUUAUCAGGACCAGAUUCAGAAAUGUAUGUAUGCAUUUAUUUAUAUGUAUACAUAAUACAUUUCUGAAUCUAGUCCCAAUAUCAGAAGAGUACCCUUUUUUCAUCUGCAAAUGUAUAUGAAAAUUGAAUAUUAGAAAUUUAUGGAUCACUUUUAACAUAUUUGUUUAUUGUAUAGUGUACAUAAAUUUUCAUUUAAAUGUAAAGUACUAUUCAAGUUUUUUUUUUUUUUUUUUUUUUUAAUAUUUUAACAUUUUCAGAUAGGACAUUAUUUCAGUUUAAUUUUUUUUAUGUGUAUUUAAUUAUUUUUAUUGAACCAAUAUGUAAUUAACUUUGGUUAGUAUUGUUUAUGAUGCUACUAGUCGUUUUGGCUAAUCUUUGGAAUAUGGUAACAGGUAGUUUGGCGACAUUUUGGUAAGGCAAUAAGGGUUACUAGCUAGGAAUUUAGCAGUGUACAUGGAUAAUGUCAAGAGUGUGCGCAAUGCCAUUUU